CUUGAAUUACACCAUCAAAACAACUUCUUCACAAUAUCAUCUCUCUCUCUCUCUCUCUCUGCGCGAUUUUCACCAAAUUAUUAGAAUGUCUUCUUGUAAGGUACCAAUGAAUAUGGUGUUUCUUCUUUCACUGUUCACAACUUCUCUAAUGGCCAUGACUGCCUCAGCUGGUAAUUUCUUUCAAGACUUUGACAUUACAUUUGGCGACGGACGUGCCAAGAUACUCAACGGAGGACAGCUUCUCACACUCAACCUUGAUAAGGCCUCUGGGUCUGGCUUCAAGUCCAAGAAUGAGUACUUAUUUGGAAGGAUUGACAUGCAGAUCAAGCUCGUCUCCGGCAACUCAGCUGGAACCGUUACUGCCUACUAUUUAUCUUCUGAAGGUCCAACCCAUGACGAGAUUGAUUUCGAGUUUUUGGGCAAAAACCUUCCACACAUACUCCAUGUUUGGUUUGACCCCACAAAAACCUUCCACACAUACUCCAUUGUUUGGAACUCGCAGCGCAUUAUAUUCUUGGUGGAUAACAUUCCAAUCAGAGUGUUCAACAACUUGGAAUCAGCUGGAGUCCCAUUCCCUAAAAACCAGCCCAUGAGGAUUUAUUCAAGUUUGUGGAAUGCAGAUGACUGGGCAACAAGAGGUGGCCUUGUCAAGACUGACUGGACUCAAGCUCCUUUCACCGCCACUUACAGAAACUUCAAGGCCAAUGCUUGUACUGCUAGCUCACCAUCCUCCUGUGCCUCCACUACAUCUACUAAUUCAUUGACAGAGCAGAGUGCAUGGAAAACUCAGGGGCUUGAUGCCGCAGGCCGAAAAAGGCUUCGUUGGGUGCAACAGAAAUUCAUGGUUUACAACUACUGCUCUGAUCUUAAACGCUUCCCACAAGGCCUCCCGGCUGAAUGCAAGCGAUCGAGGUUCUAGUUUGAAAGUGAGACGAGAAACCCAGAUGAUCAUAUAUCCGCUCGUCUCAUGUGCAGCAUAUUAAUUCAUUUAUUUGUAUUCCAAAUUCAUUUAUUAAAUAUUAUUCUUUCA